GACAAGUAAAACAAAUUAUUAAUUAAAUAUUUAAAUAAACAAUAAAAUGGCAAAACUUAUGAUUGUUUUAGUGGCGUUAUUUGGCAUUGCUUUGGCCUAUCCCGGUGGUUAUGGUGGCGGCUAUGGUAAUGGUGGCCAUACUCCUCAAGUAGGUGGUGGAUAUGGUGGUGGUCAUGGUGUCGGUGGUGGCCAUGGUGUUGGUGGUGGUCAUGGUGUUGGUGGUGGCCAUGGUGUUGGUGGUGGUCAUGGUGGCUUCGGAGGACAUCAAGGUGGACACCAAGGUGGUUUUGGUGGACAACAAGGUGGUUUUGGUGGACAACAAGGUGGUUUGGGAGGACACCAGGGAGGAUUGGGUGGUCACCAAGGCGGUUUCGGUGGACAGCAAGGUGGUUAUGGUGGUUCUCAAGGUGGUUAUGGUGGUCACCAUGGUGGUUUGGGAGGUCACCAUGGUGGUUUGGGAGGUCACCAAGGCGGUUAUGGUGGUUCUCAAGGUGGUUAUGGUGGCGGUCAUGGUGGACAUGGCAGUCACGGCGGUCAUGGUGGUUAUGGCAAACAUGGAUAUUAAAGAUUGUGAUUUGUUAAACAUUUAGAUUAAGGUAUUACUAAGUAAAUAAAACGGAAAAAAUUAAAAUAA